CUGGGCUGCUCCUCUGCUGCUGAGCUGGGCUGGGCUCCUGGCACGGAGGGAGCUGUGCUCCAUGACCAGAGGCAGCAGAUGUCCAACAGCAGCUCCAUCACCCAGUUCCUCCUCCUGGCAUUCGCAGACACACGGGAGCUGCAGCUCUUGCACUUCUGGCUCUUCCUGGGCAUCUACCUGGCUGCCCUCCUGGGCAACGGCCUCAUCAUCACCACCAUUGCCUGUGACCACCACCUCCACAUCCCCAUGUACUUCUUCCUCCUCAACCUCUCCUUCCUCGACCUGGGAUCCAUCUCCACUACUUUGCCUAAAUCCAUGGCCAAUUCCCUCUGGGACACCAGGACUAUCUCCUACAUGGGAUGUGUUGCCCAGGUCUUCUUUGUGUUGUUCUUUUUUGCUGCAGAGUAUUUUCUUCUCACGGUCAUGUCCUACGACCGCUACGUUGCCAUCUGCAAACCCCUGCACUACGGGACCCUCCUGGGCAGCAGAGCUUGUGUCCACAUGGCAGCAGCUGCCUGGGGCGCUGGGUUUCUCACUGCUCUGCUGCACACGGCCAAUACAUUUUCCCUGUCCCUCUGCCAGGGUAAUGCUGUGGACCAGUUCUUCUGUGAAAUCCCACAGAUCCUCAAGCUCUCCUGCUCGGAUGCUGCCAUGAGGGAGUUUGGGCUUCUUGUGUUUAGUGUCUUUUUAGCAUUUGGCUGUUUUGUUUUCAUUGUAGUGUCCUAUGUGCAGAUCUUCAGGUCAGUGCUGAGGAUCCCCUCUGAGCAGGGACGGCACAAAGCCUUUUCCACGUGCCUCCCUCACCUGGCCGUGGUCUCCCUGUUUGUCAGCACUGCCGUGUUUGCCUACCUGAAACCUCACUCCUUCUCGCACCCAUCCACAGACUUAGUGGUGUCAUUUCUAUAUGCAGUGGUUCCUCCAGCAGUGAAUCCUCUCAUCUACAGCAUGAGGAUCAAGGACCUCAAGGAUGCAGUGUGGGAACUUAUAACUGUAAGGAUCUGUGGUGCAAUAAAUUCCUGA